CCACCUCCACUGCCCCAGGGGCCUCCCCUCAGGAGACGUACGCGACGCCCUUUGACAGGCCCAGAAGGGGUCAGGAGCCGCCUUCCCUGUGGGCUCCGGGCCAAGGGGAGCGCGCGCCUCGGGCCUGGGUCGCCCGGAGCUCCCGCCUCGCCCCCGCUCGCUCGGUCAUGGGCGCCGCCGGCUCCUCGGCUCUGGCCCGCCUCGGCCUCCCCGCGCCGCCCCGGUCCCGCUGGCUGGGGGUGGCCGCGCUGGGACUGGCCGCCGUGGCGCUGGGGGCCGUGGCCUGGCGCCGCGCGAGGCCCCGGCGGCGCGGGCGGCUGCAGCAGGUGGGCACCGUGGCGCAGCUCUGGAUCUACCCGGUCAAGUCCUGCAGGGGGGUGCCGGUGAGCGCGGCCGAGUGCACGGCCAUGGGGCUGCGCAGCGGCCACCUGCGGGACAGGUUUUGGCUUGUGACCAGCGAGGACGGGAACAUGGUUACCGCUCGACAGGAACCUCGCCUGGUCUUGAUUUCCCUGACCUGUGAGGGUGACACCCUGACCCUCAGUGCACCCUACACGAAGGACCUGCUGCUGCCCAUCAAGAUACCCCCUACAAAUGCAGUGCAUAAGUGCAGAGUGCACAGCCUGGAGAUCGAGGGCAGGGACUGUGGCGAGGAGGCGGCCCAGUGGAUAACCAGCUUCCUGAAGACGCGGCCCUACCGCCUGGUGCACUUCGAGCCUCACAUGCGACCGAGAAAUUCUCACCAAAUAAAGGAUGUGUUCCGGCCCACAGACCAGAUUGCUUACCCAGAUGCCAGCCCAUUUUUGAUCUUUUCUGAGGCAUCAUUGGCAGAUCUGAACUCCAGGCUGGAGAAGAAAGUUAAAGCCACAAACUUCAGGCCCAAUAUCGUGAUUUCAGGGUGUGGUGUCUAUGCAGAGGAUUCGUGGCAUGAGCUUCUUAUCGGUGACGUGGAACUGAAAAGGGUGAUGGCUUGUUCCAGGUGCAUUUUAACCACAGUGGACCCAGACACCGGGAUCAUGGACAGGAAGGAGCCGCUGGAGACCCUGAAGAGUUACCGCCUGUGUGACCCUUCUGAGCAAAAGUUGUAUGGAAAAUCACCUCUCUUUGGACAGUAUUUCGUUCUGGAAAACCCAGGGACAAUCCAAGUGGGAGACCCUGUGUACCUGCUGGACCAGUAAGAGGAAUCCUAUGUCCUGGACUAUCAGAUGCCUUAAAAAAAAUGUCCUCAAAAAUGCCAACCCUUGAAGCACAGAGUUUUGGAACUGACACCUCAGCGUUUUCUUUAGAUCUGUGAUUGCCAAGUUUGUUGUCUUUUGGACUUCCUUGCAUCUCAAUGUUUCCAGUGUCCCAGUGCCCAAAACAAAGCAAUAUAGUCUUGGUAACUUAACAGGACUUCUGUAAGUCACUUAAAUGACAAGAUGCGGUUCUGAAAAUCCCUUGUUUAACUAUGAUUGUGGAAUAAUUCUUUCUCCUUCUCCAUUCUCCUACCCAGAGGGCUAACCUCCAUCAUCUCAUUACUGCUUCCUAAGGAAAGAGGGGAGAAGAGAAAGAGGAAGAGUGGGCAAGUGAGAAGAAUGUUCUGGAAUGCUCUAUUACCUCGUGCAUGGGGCAUGCAAUGGAAAUUAAGUAGUUCCCCAAAUAAGGCUGGAACGUCACUUCCCGUUUCACCUCAAGCCCUAGACUAGCUUUUGAAAGGGCAUAAAGAGCCUAACUUUCAGGAAACACUUCAGAUGUUAAUUUUCCAUCAACGUCUUGGAUCUGGUAAUAUUGCCUCUCAGACAGCAUCCAUGAGGAUUUGAUUGAUCCUUCAUAGCAUGCAGUGCCUCAGAGCUGUAGGGCAGCAGAAAUGUCAGGGGAGAAAAUCAACUCAUGAGAGCAACACUGCUGCCAGAUUGUGAUAUGGAACAUGUGAAAAGCAAGACAGACAAAAACGUCCUUGCCGCGAAACAAAAUAUCAAAUAUAUUUCAUUUAUGAUCCAAAACUUUCCCCAACAUGUGAGAGUGGACAGUAGCACCAGAAAGGGGAAGACCCCUAGUCAUGUUGUCUGAGAUGCUGUUUGAUGGUGCCCAGGGAAAUGAUGGUGCCCUUCUUGAUAUCAGAGCAAAACGAAAUGAUCUUGAAAGGAGAGGAAGCACUGACUGGUGCUGAAUGACAGCUCAGUCCACGCUGUUGAAAAGAUUGAAACAUGUGGAUGGGGUUUAGUUUUCUAUACUAGAAAUUUUUUUUGAAAAAGCAGGUGGGGUACCCUCCAGGAGCCUUCUGCUUCUCUGCUGUAGGUGUUUGAUUUCCUUAAAGCAUAGCUGUGCUCUCAUGGAGUCCUCCUGGAUCCUGCUGGUCCCAUCAACUCAUGGCUGAGUGCUUGUCCUCCAAUUCAGGGCGGAAAGUUCUAGAGUCCAUGGAUAAGAAGAAACAUGAUUGUGUGAUUUAAAAUAAACCACUGAAAACCUUUCAAAGGAGAAAGGAAAGCAUAUGUCACUUCAUUUAAGAACCAACAUCUCAUUUUUCUACUGAUCGAAUUAUAAUCCUCUGAGAUCUCAUGAAGUAUAUCUUUUAUUGCCGCUUUGUCAAUUUUGAUUGUGUUAGGAAGCUGACUAAAUCAUGAUGAAAUGUUUCAAAACCGCAAAUAAAUGGAAGCCGCUUUGAAUACUUUCAGAUAUUACUAACCUCUUGGCACAGAGUCAGGCUUUGAAGCUGACUGAUGUGGAUGGGCAAAGCCAAUAAUUCUGCCGCUGGACCAGAGCUGAGUCUCUUACAAAUGGACCCGCCUACAAAUGAGCAUUCCUAGGUGAACACCCAUCUUUGAAGGAUUUGAUUGUCAAGUAAACAUGCUUUUUACCAAAAGGUGGGCAUUUUUCCACUUUGAUUUUAUAGAAGAGGUUAGUAAUCAACUGGAAUCUCGCCUAGCUCUGAAAUAAAGUUACAAAUGAACAGG